AUGCCAUUUCUACGCCGCCGCGGCAUCAUGGCCAGUGAGACUGACAUGCGUCGCCAUAACACACCCUUUGCGCCGCAAGCCGACGACGUCCCUGAACUGCCGCUCCAGAUCAAGGUGCCAGAAGAGGCCACUGAACCCGAGCCCGAGCCCGAGUCCGCGACAUCUCGGCCGCAGAGCCGCGAAUCUGACACUUCGCUGGAUCGUCCCAUCACCCCGCCGGUCCAGCCGCAGUCCAACAAGCACCGGCGCUUCUCCGUCCUGCGAUUUCGAAAUGCUUCCGAUUCUCAGCUGUCUCUCCGAGUCAAGCAAGCGGCCGAGAAGCCCCCUCCUGUCCCUCGACCUCCUGCCAUCAUCACCACAGCUCCCACCAUGGAAAUGGGAAACCUAAAGAAAUCCGCCUCCCGCCUGGGACUGGCCGCCAUGCUGCGGCGCUCCACGGACAUCCCUCGUGACGAUCCUUUAUCCAGCAGUGCCAACCGCCGUCACCACGAUCCCAUGCCUAGAAAGUCUACAGGCGACCAAGGACGGCCCUCGCUGAGCGUUACGGAUGAGCCUCAAUCGCCGCGGCCGUCGACCCAGACCACGCCAUUGCCUUCUACGCCCUUUUUCAGCAAAUUAAGGCGAAACAAGAAGCCCCCGGAACCGCUAUUUCCUUUUGCACACCUUCGACAAGAGGGCAGCGGCGCCGCGACUGAUCGAUCCUCGACUACAUCGCUGGGCGUGGAGGCCACACCGCGCCCAACUUCGGCCCAGAGUGCAGGCACUCAUCCCGGCGAAAUCGAACAAGGCCCUCAGCUAAACCCAGCCAUUGCCCUUUUCAAUGCAAACGGUGGACCUCCUUCUGACCACUCCUCUCCCACACGGACACCUAUGCGACGGGGCAGAUCGUCUACAUUGAGCUCUGUAGGCAGAGAUUCCAACGAUGAGCAUCUCGUUCCCCCCGUUGCUCCGCGAACAUCAACCUCCAUCGGCCGCAAGAGCUUUGGCGACCUAUUGGGCUUGACUCGUCUUCGCCAGAACUCCGAUCUAAGCCGGCAAGGCUCGUUCACGCCCGCCACGCCAGGAUCUAUCGCGUCCAAGACCAAUUCUCUCCAGCUACCUAGAGAAGAGUCUGUCGUCCUUCCAGAGCGAUUCGAGGAUGAGUCUCCUGCCAAGUAUAUUGCCCGUAUCGAAGGCAUGAUUAGCCGAGGUGUUGUAGCUGCUGCGCUGUCAAAGGGAACAGAUCCCUUCUCUGUCGCUGCUCUGAGAAGCUUCAUGAGAACCUUAAGCUUUUUCGGAGACCCCAUGGACAUGGCCAUUCGCAAGCUGUUGAUGGAGGUUGAGCUCCCCAAAGAGACGCAGCAGAUUGACCGAUUUCUGCAAGCGUUUGCGAAUCGCUAUCACGAAUGCAACCCCGGCAUCUACUCUACUCCCGAUCAGGCAUAUUUCAUCGCCUUCUCUCUGCUUAUUCUCCAUACGGAUGUUUUCAACAAGAACAACAAGCACAAAAUGCAAAAGACAGACUAUCUGAAAAACACUCGCGGGGAGGGCAUCUUCGACGACAUCCUUGAGUGUUUCUAUGACAACAUUUGCUAUACCCCUUUCAUCCAUGUUGAAGAUGACCUUGAUGUCAACAGCGAGCGCCAUGGCCCAGGCAGCAUCAAGACGAAGAGAAAACUUGCCAUCCCAGCCCCUGUGGCCGAUCCUGCCAAGCGGGCGGCAAAAGAGCCCCUCGACCCCUAUACUCUCAUCAUUGACGGAAACCUAGAUGUCUUGAGACCGAAUCUCAAGGCCACCAUACCUUUGGAAGACCAGUAUAAUUACAUGGGCUCGGCGCAGUCCCUCAAUCUCAAGGACCUGCAAAAGACAUUCUUCAGGACUGGUGUCUUGCAAAUCGUCUCCGCGAGGUCUCGUCCUGACGCAUUCAUGUCCGAUAACCCUCUAGAGAACACAGACGAUGCCCCCGGAAUCGUCGACAUCAAAAUCACAAAAGUCGGCCUUUUGUGGCGCAAAGAAGCCAAAAAGAGAAAGACGCGAUCUCCAUGGCAGGAAUGGGGAGCCAUUCUCACUGGCGCUCAGCUCUAUUUCUUUCGCAACACCGGCUGGGUGAAGAACCUCAUGCACCAGUAUGACAGCCAUAUCAAAGCAGGACACGAUGGGAUACCAAUCACUUUCAAGCCUCCGCUGGAAGAGUUUAAGCCCGAUGCCCUCAUGUCUACCAAGGGCGCCGUAGCCCUCCUUGACACUUCGUACAAAAAACAUAAGAACGCUUUCAUCUACGUGAGGCAAGGGGGUUUGGACGAAGUUCUUCUAGCCGAUGAUGAAAACGAGCUUAAUGACUGGCUGGCAAAGCUCAACUACGCCGCUGCCUUUGGAACAUCCGGCGUGAAGAUGCGUGGCGUUGGUGGAGGCACAUAUGACGGCCACAGUCGUCGGGCUUUUAGAAGACUUGAGAGCUCCGACGCCACUCAAGUUGUUGACACCCCAACUGGUCUAGUAUCGAUUGCCAAGAGCCGGAUUGAUUACAAGAUGGCUCAAGAUAUUCAACUGGCGAGACGUGAGUUUAUGCAGGAAAAGAUUGCCGAGGCAGAUCAAAAGAUUGAAGACUCCAAGAAGGCUCUGGAGAACCAGCUCAGGAAUGCUCGCCAUCUGCAGAUACUUGCGCCUAUCCAACCGAGGACCAGAGAACAGCUUCUUCUGGCUGCGGCCCGCAUGUCUGCGCAGCUUCGGUGGGCGCGAAUGGAGAUUUGGAAGGAAAUAUGUCACCGCGAUAUCCUGGUUCUGGAUCUCAAAGAAGACGGAGAAGUCGCUACGGAGAAGAACGUUGCGGCCGAAGUCCCACUUGCGGUUGAAGAGCGUCGCGUGUCUUCAGCACCACAGCCAUCCGCAGGUAAACGACCCGAAUCCCAAUCCCAGGCGUCGGUAGCAGUGUCCGAAAAGAUACCACAGUCGACUGCUCCAGAAAAUCUCCUACCCUUCUUCACGGACAAGGACGACUUUACCUUGGAGCUGCAAGAUCCGGCUAGACCAGCAUCUCCUCCCGCAACACGGCCAGCAACACGGCCAACGAGUGAAGUGUACCCACCGCCUGAAGUGCAAGAAACGCCCAAGGCCGAUCUUGGAAGCAUCAGACACGGCUCCGUUUCAAGUAUUACUGCAUCCCCUGCGCAGCUACCAUUAGGCAAGAUACAAAGCACGCAGCUCGAGCCUCAUGACGAAGACGAGGCGGCAUCAGUCAAGUCUGACCGCGCAGGCGGUGACGAAGUGGACGCCGACGAACGACAAUUCUUGAAACAAGCUGGCCUGCUGCAUGGAAGAGUUGGGAGGGAUCCAUCCGACAAGGCUAUCACGUCGACUACCGGAGAAGCUGCUGAAUCUGGGGAUAAAUUCGAGAGAAACAAGAUUCGACGCAGUCUCCAACGCACCCUUAGGGAGAGUGCUGGUCACCUCUCCCACCACCGGAGCAGGAAAGGCAGGGAGGGAGGCCCGGCCGCGUCUUCAGAAGAUGCUGCUCGCGACAGUACAUUGGCGCGAGGCACUGGAAGCUUUGUUGUUCACGGAAAGAAGGCCUCCGUUAUCCACCUCGGCACCGAGCUGCAGGUCUUGAGCAAUGAAGAGCAGAUUCUGGCUCGAAAACAGCAGCAGCAAAGCAAUCGGCAAUCAUGUGAUCAGCCACCUGCUCCUAUGCCGAAUGAAGACGUUGAUGAUGAUUUUUAUUCUGUUCUUGAGGCCCCCAUAGAGGAGGGCGAUGGCGAGGGCGAAGUCGAGGACGAGUCUCGCGAUGGUGAGUCUCGUGAUCGGAGAGCGUCUGCCGCGAGUGCUAGCACGGCUACGGCCAGAAGUUUCCGCGAACUCCACCGGAAAUAUUCGUCUGCUCAACAUCGAAGUGUAUCCGCGGCCGGAAGGCUGGCGGUUCCCUCAGAUGCGGAUAGUGAGGUGGCAGUGAGCUUUUCCGACGGACGAAGAUCUCCUCUGCCCCCCAUGGAAACAGAAGAAGAU